CUUCAGGAUGCGGCCCCGACAAAGAGGAUCCCACCUGGGUCUGCUGCUCCUGGCCUCCCAGCUGAUCCACGUGGGUUUUGACAACAUUCCCCCCGUGACUCUGGCUGUUCUGGGACUCAACGCCUACCUUUACCUGUUUCCAGCAGCUCCUCUGAUGAAGGCCUGCGUGAGCGUCCAACAGGCGUACUGGUACGGAGACUGGCGCCGCCUCCUGCUGUCGCCGCUGCACCACGCUGACGACAUGCACCUGUACUUCAACAUGGUGUCGUUCCUGUGGAAGGGGAUGAGGCUGGAGCGCCGUCUGGGCGGGGCCUGGUUCCUCUACCUGCUGUCCGUCUUCUCUCUGCUCACCGGAUUGGUCUAUCUGCUGCUGGAGGCGGGGCUUACGGAGCUCAUGCAGGACCAGUCGUACAGCAUGACCUGCGCCGUGGGCUUCUCAGGUGUCCUGUUUGGUCUGAAGGUGCUCAGUAACCACUACUAUCCAGGAGGCGUGACCUACAUGAUGGGCAUCCCUGUAUCCAAUCGAUCCAGCUGGGUGGAGCUAGUGCUGAUCCACGUCACAUCACCUGGGACCUCCUUCAUCGGUCACCUGGCUGGUAUCCUGGUGGGUCUCCUCUACACCUCCGGACCCCUGAAGACCCUCAUGAAACACUGUGCAGGGUUUGUAACGAAUGGCUUUAACUCCAGACCAUCUACAUACUUCAACUCCUCAGGUUACAGUGGUGGUGGUGGUUUUGGUGCUGGUGCUGGUUUUGGCGCUAGCGCUGGUUUUGGCGCUGGCGGUGGUGGCGGCGGUGGUUUUGGCAGUGGCGGGGGACAUCCUCCUUACGAUUACUCAGAUAACAGGACCAAUUACACCGCGUCCUACACCGGUGGACUGAGUGAGGAGGAGCAGUUAGAGGCGGCCAUCAGAAACAGCCUGAACGACAGAGGACGUCCAAGCGCCCCAGAAGCCCCUCCUCCUUAUGGUUUCAACCUCAGUGAGGACGACAGGAGAGCCGAGGAGAUCAGGUGGAGGAGGCUGAGGAGGUUCGACAGCUGAACCAGGAGACAACGAGGAUCCGGAGACGCGCGACGAGUCGGACUGUGCUUCUAAAAGGCGAGGAAUAAGUGCCUACAGAGAAUGAGCGGGACGUAGAUAAAGCCUGACGCUGAGCAGCUGAUCGACUGUUUGGUCCUUCGGUAUCAAAAUCAGACAUUUAUUUUCACAAAGUGUUGAUGUUUGUUGGUUCUGUUAGAGCUCGUCAGCUUUGAGUUACUAAAUAAGGGAUGAGAUGCUUCACAUUAAUCACAUUAAGUAUCGUAAACCAUCCAAAUGUCCCACAAAAGAGGCAGUUUCAUGUUUUCCAAUCAGAUUAAUAUCUAAAUCUAUUUACUUAGACAUCUCAAAGCUUCAAAUAAAAGCCCAGAGA